UUCUAAGUAAGACUUGCUCACUUGCAUCAUUUUCAGUAAACAUCACGUCUGGUCACAUUUUGGCUCUUUAAUUUUGUAUUUUUAAGUGUAGUAAACUUUUUAUUUCAAAAUGGUUAUUGCUAUGGGAUUUGAGGGAAGUGCUAAUAAACUAGGAAUCGGUAUUAUCAAAGAUGGUCAGGUUUUAGCUAAUCCCAGAUCAACUUAUAUCACUCCUCCUGGUCACGGUUUUCUGCCUCGAGAUACUGCUAAGCAUCAUCAAAAUGUGAUACACGAAUUAAUUGACAAAUGUCUCAAGGAAAGUGGUUGUACAGUUGAUGAAAUAGAUGUUCUAUGUUAUACAAAAGGACCUGGAAUGGGUGCUCCAUUGCAAUCAGUAGCAAUUGUUGUUAGAACUUUAGCUCAGCUUUGGAAUAAACCCGUUGUCGCCGUCAACCACUGUAUCGCUCACAUUGAAAUGGGAAAGUUAGUCACAGGUGCCAGAAAUCCUAUAGUGCUUUAUGUUAGCGGAGGAAAUACACAAAUCAUUGCUUAUUCAGCUGGCAGGUAUCGCAUCUUUGGCGAAACAAUCGACAUUGCAGUUGGAAAUUGUUUGGACAGAUUUGCAAGAGUGUUGAAGUUAUCAAAUGAUCCUAGUCCCGGGUACAAUAUCGAACAAACGAACAAAUGGCAAAAAAGGGUAAAAAGUUGGCCUCACUUCCAUAUGUUGUCAAAGGAAUGGACGUUUCAUUUUCAGGACUUCAUAGAGGACCGAACGGCAAAUUGGCUGAAAACUGGUGAAUAUACUCCGGAAGAUUUAUGUUUUUCGCUCCAAGAAACCAUUUUUGCGAUGUUGGUCGAAACUACAGAACGAGCCAUGUCCAACACAAACUCAAAAGAAGUUUUGAUUGUAGGAGGAGUUGGUUGCAAUGAAAGGUUACAAAUGAUGAUGUCAAAAAUGGCCGAAGAGCGAGGAGCAAUUCUCUAUGCCACCGACGAAAGAUAUUGCAUUGAUAAUGGGGCAAUGAUUGCUCAAGCCGGUACUUUGAUGUUCCAAUCUGGUCAUUUGACAUCAAUCUCUCAGACAACUGUUACUCAAAGAUUCCGCACCGACGAGGUUGAUGUCGACUGGAUAAAAUGAUUUUUUGAAUGAAUUUAAUUUUAAGUGUAAAUUGCCUUUCUUUAUUUCCAAAUCGCAUCUGAUACAAAUAAAAAUUUUGAAAACAA